GGACGUUCCGUCCGUUCAUUUGUCGCGUCAUUCAUUUACCAAAAGCACGGCUUAGUAAAAUCGUAUGAUCGAAGUCGGAAACGCCGUUUGAAGUAGUAACGAAGCUGUGGUAUACAUUUUUUUUUUUAUACGGUCAACUCCCACCUAUCACAACGGCUAGUAGAAUGGCUAAUUUGGACGAGAUAAAAGCGAUCCUGAGGACUGCUGACGCUGUAGCCUUCGAUGUAGACUCCACGGUUAUACAAGACGAAGGAAUAGACGAGCUUGCCAAGUUUUGCGGAAAGGGAGACGACGUUACUCAGCUAACGAAACGAGCAAUGCAAGGAAACAUGGACUUCCGAACAUCACUCGGCGUUCGACUCUCCAUUCUUCAACCCAGUGCCGAUCAAGUCAAAGAAUUUUUACGCACUCAUCCUAUCCGACUUUCACCUGGCAUCAAGACUCUGGUAGAAACGUUACAGUCUCAAAAGAAACAAGUAUUUCUUAUAUCGGGCGGUUUUCGAUCAUUGAUCUUGCCUGUUGCUGCGCAACUGAAUAUUCCACCAGAAAAUGUCUUUGCUAACAGGCUGAAAUUUUAUUUGACAGGUGAAUAUGCUGGGUUUGAUGAAACUCAGCCUACCUCUAGAUCUGGUGGAAAACGCGAUGUGAUCAAAGAACUAAAGGAACAUAAAGGAUUGAAAACAAUUGUUCACAUCGGAGACGGAGCUACGGAUUUGGAAGCCUGUCCUCCAGCAGAUACAAUGAUUGGGUAUGGGGGCAAUGUAAUUAGGGAAGAUGUGAAGCUUCGGGCUCCCUGGUUCAUCACGGAUUUCAACGAAUUGGUAGAGGUUUUACAAUAAUUAAUUACCUAAGUGUUUGAAAUUUUUAUUACUUUUUUUUUUUAUCAGGAUAUUUAUUGUAUUUUGCUCUCUCAUGCAGGCAGAGAUAUCGAGAUAAUGUAUGAUCUAUUUAAAACAAAACAAAUCACCGAAACCCAUGUUCGAGACAUGUGGUAAUUAUGCAUAAAUAGAUCUUUAUAUUGUU